AUGCAAUUCGAUGAUUUCUAUACAAAUCUUGGAUCAUUUGGUCGAUAUCAAAAAACCAAAUACUUCCUAAUAUGUUUGACGUAUAUGUUACCACCGAUCAUGGUCUACACGUGGUCAUUUACCGCAGCAAAACCAAAUUUCCGUUGUCGUACACCAAUGGAUAAUGCGCUGGGAGUUUCACCAACUGAUGAUGGUAUACGUCGUUAUGCACCAAGCGAAUCUCAAUGCCGUCAGUAUCACAGUAAAAUAUCAGUCGCUGAAUGCCAAAAAUGUUAUCAAUUAACGAAUGAAAGUGAUUACGAUACUUCACAGAUGAAACCCUGUACAAGUUUUAUUUUCGAUCGAACUUAUUAUCAAUCAACACUUGUUGAAGAGUGGUAUAUGGUUUGUGGUCGUGUAUCUCUUCGAAGUUAUGUUCAAACUGUUUUCUUCUUUGGUUAUAUGGUUGGUUCACUUGUGUUUGGUGUUCUAUCUGAUAAAUUUGGCCGACGACCUAUUAUGGGUGUUUCGUUUAUUGUUAUAACGCUUGCGAGUUUGAUGUGUGCGUUGGUGCCGCAUCCAAAACUUGGAUUCGAAAUAAGUUAUUCAGUUUUCGUACUCGGUCGAUUUUUACUUGCUUGCGGCACACGUGGUGUUGCUCUAACGGGUUUUGUUAUUGGCUCGGAAAUCGUCGGGCCAAAACAACGUUUAUUUACUGGCAUUGUUAUUGAAUAUUUCUUUGCUGGUGGUGAAUUAGUUCUUUUAGGAUUUGCUUAUUUUAUGCGAUCAUGGCGACAAUUAAAUACAACAUUAGCUAUGUUUUCAAUACCAUUUCUCUUUUUCUAUUUUGUACUUCCCGAAAGUCCACGUUGGCUGCUUUCGAAAGGACAUUAUGAACAUGCAGAAAGAAUUCUUCGUCGCAUAGCCAAAACAAAUGAUACUCAAUUUGAUUCAAUUGCAUAUGAACAUUUAAUACUUGCAGAAAAAAAAAGAGAAGCAUUGCACCCAAAGAAAGUUCACGGUUUAAAACAUUUAUUGCAAUCGAAAAUUAUGAUUAUCAUUGCAAUUAACAUGUCAUUUCAAUGGUUCGUACAGAAUCUUGUUUUCUAUGGUGUUUCACAAAAUACUGGAGAAUGGUUACCCAAUCCGUACAUAUCAUUUUUUGCAGGUGCUUUAAUAGAAAUUGCUGCUUAUUGUGUUGUUCAUCUUGUACUCGAUCGAUUUGGACGAAAACUAACCUAUUGUGGGUUUGUAUUAUUCUUUGGAAUAGUUGCAUUUCUGGUUUUACCGAUACAAAUGUUUAUAACAACAGAUAGUCGAGUGCAACGUACUCUUAUGUUUAUACUUAAUGUUGCAUUGAAAUUUCUUGCUUCUGGAUCUUAUGCUAUUAUUUACAUAUAUGCAAAUGAAUUGUUUCCAACACAAGCUCGAAAUACAGGAAUGGGAAUAUGCUCAAUGUUUGCUCGUUUUGGAGCUAUUAUUGCAACAUUCUCGAAUGAUCUUUUAGUUCGAGCAUGGAUUCAUUUUCCUAUCAUUGUCUAUGGCACGACGUCACUGAUUGCUGUUGCAUUUGCGACAAUAUGUCCCGAGACAGCGAAUAGACCUUUACCUCAAACGAUUUAUGAUAUCGAUCGAAUGGGCUUAACUUUGCCAUGCCGAAAAUCAAGACCAUUGGCAUGUGAUGAUAUGAAUGGUAUGACUGAUAGCGAUGAAGAUAUAGCAUUAAAACAUCAACUCAAUGGAAAUGAUAUUUUUUAA